GCGCCCGACUUCAUUCAGAAAAAGAGAAACUUCUGCAGUGUCUUCCAAUUCUCUCUCCAGUGUAAUCUAAUCGAUUUGAACUUCAUAAGUUUCAACCAGUUUCAUGGCUUUGGCUCUUGUUGAAUCGAUGGAUUCUAUGAACCCUUUAAAGAAAAAUCCUUUUCUCGGAGAAAAUUACGAAUUUACUCUUGCGCAAUCAAUCCAAAAUGUUAUAGCUGAAAUUCGCAAAGGAAAUUCUGGUUUUUCUCAAUUUACGGAAGGAUUCUACGAGUUGAUUCAAGCUAGAGCUGACCCACCAUUGGAAUCGAUCUGGUUCUACUCCGCAUUAACGUUUCGUAGCCGUGGCCUCAAUAUCAAAGGCGACUUUUUGGAACGAGUGGCAGCCAUGAAAGUCUUGUUUCAGUUGGUAAGUUCUUGUUCGGCUCCCUGUGGUUCUUCGAAGACCAUUCCGUUGCUUUCUCCAGUGGUUUCCGAGGUUUAUAAAUUGAUUGUGGACAUGCUUGGGAAGGAUUUGGCCUCGAAAAGGGAAAAGAAAGCAAUGAGAGAGGUUAAAUCUUUAGUUGAAGCGAUUCUGGGCUUUAUAAAUCUGAGUUCAUGUAAGGAUUCGGACAAGAAUGAUGAUGAAUCUCUUGACUUCAAUUUGAUUACUCCUUUUGUGGAUUUAAUUAGUGUUUGGACGCACCCAAAUGAGGGAUUGGAUCAGUUCUUACCGCUUGUGAGCAGUGAGGUUCGUGGGGAGUUUAGUUCAGGCGUCUGUGAUGUUCGUCGCUUGGCUGGAGUUGUAAUCGCUGAGACAUUUCUGAUGAAACUGUGCUUGGAUUUUAACACUGGGCAUUCGAGGCAAGAUUUGGAGAAAGAUCUAAGGAUAUGGACUGUUGGUUCAAUAACUCGGAUUAGGAACUUCUACUUUUUUGAAACUCUUGUAAGAUUUCUGCUGGAGGCGACUUUACCUGUGACAUCUCUAUUGAGUACUGAAGAUGAAGCUUUGUUAAGGAAGGUUCUAUAUGAUUCUCUUAUAUUGGUUGAGUAUUCAUUUUUGAAACCUGAGAAAGCCAUUGACUUACCUGCGGAACAUGUGGCGUCCCUUGCUGUCAAGAGAUUGAUUCUUACUCAUGAGGCCAUAGAGUUUUACAGGGAGCAUGGAGAUCAGAGCAGAGCCAUCUCUUAUCUAAAUGCCUUCUCAAGUUCAUUUGUUUCUUCUCAAAUUAUUAGAUGGGUCAAAAGCCAAAUGCCCAGCAAUGAAAAUGUAAAACGUCCCAAUGGGUCGUCGCCUAAAAUAGUUCUUGAGUGGCUUCUCGAGGCUGAAGAUCAAGGUGUAAGAGUAUUCGACAAGACCAUUUCCAAUCGUUGUGCCAAAUUAGUUCUUGAUACUUCCAAAUCAGUCUCAUUGGAGGGAGAUAAAGUAGAUGACGAUCUUUUGUUUUACAUUGACAAGCAAGGGGAAAGUGAAAAUGGAAGUGAGGACACAACGAUGGAUGAAUCGGUAAAUGCAGCUCUUGUUUCUGUGGCUCGUACAAUGUCAACGACUGAAAAUGGUUCCGGAAAGAAACGACAGAGAAUGGUGAAAAGAAAGAAUGAAAAGAUUAAAUUUGUUAAGUACGAUCUCGUUCCGAGCUCUGAUACUACCCAAUCGAGGUCACCCUUUGAUAAUAAUGAUACAGACAGCGAGGGCAAAGUUCAUAAUCCACACUCCGACGAUGAUUCUGACAUUAAAGAGUAAUGAUUCAAGAAGAAAGGUCGGUAUUUGGUUGCCACAACACAACUUCAGAGUCGGUUCAUUUUCUCCCUGUUCUUUUGUUCAAGAUCUUCCUGGAGUAGCUGGCCGAGUUACAAGGUUGACGAUACUUGAUAUGAUGCUGGGAAUGGUGGAUUUUCAACUCCAGGAGUGCAACAAUUCAACCAAGGAUUGUAAAUGUAAAGUGAUUUCAGGUCAUUAUAAUGCUGCUGGGUUUCAUGAAGAUGAAUCAAAUAUUUAACUGUACUUAAUAUACUGUAUUUUAUUACUUUUCUUCUUUAAAAAGAAAAGUAGCAUCUUUAAGUAAAUUUCUCCUAUAAAAGCCUAAAGGUUCUUCAGGA